AUGAAGAAGUCGGUCAUCAAACGGAGGAAACGCGUCAUACCAGCAAGUCAGGAGGAUGAUGCGGCUGACACUGCUAUGGAGGGUGUAAUGGCCCUUGACUCGGUGGAGCAAGCGAGUAUAUACGCUGAAUCUGACGUGGAGCGUGGCACUCAGAAUGAGGAUGGUUCUGUCAAUUUGGGAUUUCGACGGAAAUCGGAUCACCCCUCAACGCUACUCCCGAAACCCGUCCGGUCUAGCCAAGGGUCGACGCCGUUGCCUCCCUCGACAGAUUUGAUGGCAUAUCAUACGACAGCUCACGCCCCGCAGUCAUUCUAUAUACGCGAUUCACUCACCGACGAUAAUCGUUUGGCUCCCCUGACCUCCAUCUCGGCUGCGAGCAAUCGUCAAUACUCUCUCUCGCCUGCCUCGUUCCUGUCGCCGUCAAGACGAAAGCGCUCCUUUUCGGCAACCGAUUCGGAUGUUCCGCCAAACGAAUUUGGUCAGGACAACUCCAAGAGGCUGUCUUCGAUCAAGUCAAUUCUCAACAACCCAGCCACUGGCUCAAGUGGGAACUACAAUGCAUCUGAAGAUGGAGAGUCGCUGCGGUUGCGCUCUCCUGUCAGUCUGUUGAUGCCAGCGCCUAGUCCGAGCUCAUUUUCGAUCACAUCAAGCAUGCUCCCUAGUAUGCAUUCGAGAGAAACCACUGCUGAGAGCGAGAGGUCCAAGGCCGACAGGCGAGCAGCGCUUCAUCAGGAGGCUGAACGCAUGCGCGAAAUGCUUGCAGCCAAGGAAAGGGAGCUAGCGGCUUUGGGAGAAUAG